GCAGCGACGGGGCCCCACCUUCCCAGGGCCCAGCGGCCGCGGGAGCCGCGGUAGGAGGGAAUUCUGAACUUCUGCGGGACGGCUCGGCUUUUCGAGAGUCAGAUUCGAAACCCAGUCUCUGAGAUGAUGGGGUUGUGAAAGGGGCGUCACGGCGUAAGGUAGCUGACCCCUUGCGCCGCCUGCCUGGCGUCCUGUUUCACCUUCUUGAGCUUCAUUCAACUAGUGGAUCCCGAGCUCCCCAAGCCUGGAUCUCCAGACAAGGGUCACAUGGCCAGUAAGAUUUAUUUUUAUUUAUUUAUACAAGCACUGGGUACAGUCAGAAGCGCAGGAGGGUGAGAAAAUUCACCAGAGCCAGAGCAGGGAGCAGAGCAGGCAGAAGGACCGAGGUACACUGCUGAGGGGAGCAGCGGGCGCCAUGUGGGACCCUCACACGGUGGCCGGGGAGCAGCCGGGGAUCGAACCGGCGCUGCAGAGGCUGCGGGCAGCUUCGCAACCCAGCGCUCAACUGCCGCGCCACCUGGGAGGCCCUGUAAAUGUUCUUAAUGCUGACUUGCUGGACUUCUCCAACGAAGAGUUACAGAUGGCCAACAGACACGUGAAAAAAUGUUCAUCAUAACUUAAUAUCAGGGAAAUGCAAAUCAAAACCAAAUGAAAUAUUGCCUCACACCUGUGAAAAUAACCGGUAUCAAAAAAGACCAGAAACAAGUGUUGGAGAGGAUGUAGAAGGAAACCUCGUAUACUGUUGGUGGGAAUGUAGACUGUUUCAGUCCCUAUAGAAACUAGUAUGGAGAUUUCUCAAAAUAUUAAAAAUAGAUCAACCAUAUAACACAGUAAUUCCCCCCUUAGUAAUCUAGCCGAAGAAUACAAAAACACUAAUUCAAAGGGACAUAUGCAUACCUAUGUUCUUUGCAGCACUGUUUACAGUAGCUAACCUUUGGAAAAAAAACUAAGUUCCUUAAGUCAGAUGAGUUGGUUAGGAAGAUGGACAUAUAUACAGUGGAAUACUGCUCAAUUAUUAAAAAAAAAAAAAGAUAAACUCUUGCCUUCUGUGACAACAUGGAUAGAACUGGAGGGAAUUAUGUUACAUGAUAUAAAUCAGGAGAAAUAUCAAAUGGUGGGAUACAGAGAAAGGAUCAGCUAAAACUAAACCGUACAAAUCUGUAGAAAACUGUAGAAUUGAAGCUACCUGAGUGGGAAGUGGGGAGGUGGAAACAGUGACUAUGGUAGAGGAUUCUAAAUCAUACAAUGUUGUAAAUCAAGGUUACCUCUACAAAAAAAAAAAAUUAAAUAGAAAUUGGGUGUGCAUAUUUAGCAACUGGAAAAAAGGAACUCUGGUACAAAUGAUGUUUGGGAAUUCCUAUACCUAUAUGAAACAGAUAAAUGCAAACAUCAAAUGCUUAGUUUCUGCAAACUAAAAUGGACUACACAUUUUCCAUUUCAAGAUAAAGUUGUCUGGGAUAGUUAGUUUGAAUGACAGAUAAUUGAUUUAGUCAAUCCUUACAUUACUAUACUAGGAAUUCAAAAUCCUUCCCAAUGAAAAAUAUACCAGAUCUCCUCACAUGAUGCUUUCUGGGGAAGAAAAAUAAAUGCACCUACCAAGGAUGACAAGCAUUUCUUGAUGUUUAGUACACUUCUUGCAUGUGCAUGUUCCGGGGAGCUGUCAUGACUGCAACUUUUUAAUCUCUUGAGCUGUUUGGCAUUUCUCCUGGUAUGAUGCUGUCUGCUGGUGAUGUGGGUGAACUGUAUUUUCAACUUCAGCAUAUACUUCACCAGGGACUCAGCAAGGUGGAGGCAUUUGAAGAGGUUUGCUUUUUCUAUUCUUUGUUGUGGAUUCAGUCUGGCUGUAACCUGAUGCAUGCUUGCUCUCUUAUGGAGCCAGCAGGUAUUCUGGGACAAAAGCUCAGUUGAUUGAAAGAAACCCUAUCCUUAAAGUCUUGAGCACAAAAUAGCUUACUUCCAUUGCUGUUCGACUGGAGUGAUUCUGAGACACAUUUGGAUAUAAUUUGGCAUCCGUACUCAAUAAUUCCCAACACUCUGAAAUUGCUCACAGAUAACAUGCAGAUGAUAUUCUGCAGACUUCGGACUCAUCAGUGGUGCUUCAUUCUGUUUAAUGUUAUCCUAUUUCAUGCUUUGCUUUUUGGCGCUGAUUUUGUAGAAGAAUACUUUCUGCAUGCUUUGCCUUAUGUAGACAUGAAAGUUCUUGAAAUUAAGGAUAAAGCAAGAAAACUGAACAUGGAGCCCCUAAGAAGUAAUCUUUCCAAAUAUUAUAUCCUGAACCAGUCAGAUGUGUGUAAAGGGAAGAACGUAUUUUUGCUCUCUCUCAUUUUCAGUCGCCCAGGAAAUGGAACAAGACGGGAUCUCAUCAGGAAAACCUGGGGUAACGUCACCAGUGUCCGAGGGCACUCCAUUCUCACACUGUUUGCUUUGGGAAUGCCUUUUUUGGUAACCACCCAGCAAGAGAUACACCAAGAGUCUCAUAAGAAUAAUGAUAUAAUUGAAGGAAUCUUCUUGGACAGUGCUGAGAACCAAACCCUAAAGAUCAUCGCAAUGAUGCAGUGGGCUGUGACUUUCUGUCCUAAUGCCCUGUUCAUUCUCAAGGUUGAUGAAGAGAUGUUUGUCAAUCUUCCAAGCUUGGUUGACUAUCUUCUCAAUCUAAAAGAACACCUUGAAGAUAUCUACAUAGGAAGGGUUAUCCAUCAGGAAACACCCAACAGAGAUCCUAAUAGCCAAGAAUUUGUCUCUUUUAGUGAAUACCCAGAAAAGUACUACCCAGAUUACUGCAGUGCUGAGACCUUUAUAAUGUCCCAAGAUGUGGCUCGGAUGAUGUAUGUGGUUUCCAAAGAAGUACCCAUUUCGGUGCCUGCUGACGUGUUUGUAGGAAUUUGUGCCAAGUCCAUUGGCCUUGUUCCCAUCCACAGCUCAAGGUUUUCUGGGAAAAAGCAUAUCAGAUACAACAGAUGUUGCUAUAAGUUCAUUUUCACGUCCUUAGUAAUUACAGAUGCUGAAAUGCCCCUGAUAUGGAAGGAAAUUAAUGAUGGAAAAGAAUGUACACUGUUUGAGACUUACUAUGGUCUCAUUUCCUGCAAACUUCUGACAUACCUCGACAGCUUUAAACGUUUUCACAUGGGUAUCAUAAAAAACAAUGCCAUGUAUUUUGGUGAUUAGGAUUUCUUGGGUAACGUGACCAGUGUCCGAGGGCACUCCAUUCUCACACUGUUCGCUUUGGGAAUGCCUUCUAAGUGUGUUCUUUAAAACUACCUCCUUUGGGAAUGCCUUCUAAAUGUGUUCUUUAAAACUACCUCCUACCUUAUUAUAGAGAGCAUGCCUACUUUUUGGUGUUUUAUGUCGUUUUUCUUAGUCUUUGGUCCUAUUUGGCAAGUUAUAAAACGUUCUUAGUGCUCUGGUGUACUGUAUCAUUUGAGAUUUUGUUUCAAGAAACCUAAGUUUGUUUAGGAUGAUUCUUUUCAAAAUAAAGCCUUUCAUUCAGA